CUACCACACUUCUGUCACAUCGAAAUAUUUUCCGGUCAUAAUGUCUAUUUAGUAUUUUUUCGAAAUCAUCGUGCCUGAAACUUGAAUCAUGGCCAGAAAAUGCAGUUGCAGUGUGGACAUAGUAAUGGUGCGCCAUGGAGAGUCAGAAUGGAAUCUGAAGAAUCUAUUCUGUGGAUGGUAUGACGCAGAUUUAAGUGAAACCGGAGUACAAGAAGCGAAAACAGCAGGAGAUGCCUUGAAGAAGGCGGGUUUCAAGUUCGAUAUAGCCUACACGUCAGUGUUGAAGAGGGCUCAAAAUACCCUCUUGAAUAUUCUUUCAGUACAAGGUCAAAGCGAUUUGCCAAUCGUGAAGACGUGGAGGCUCAACGAAAGACAUUACGGUUCCUUAACGGGAAUGAACAAAAUCGAAACUGUUGAAAAAUUUGGCGAGGAACAAGUCGCCAUAUGGAGGAGGAGUUUUGAUAUCCCCCCUCCUCCAAUGGAGGAAGGACAUCCCUAUUAUGAUGCCAUCACGAAGAAUCCAUCGUUGUUAGAGAACGGACCAACACCUGAUGAAUUUCCUAAGACUGAGUCUCUGAAGUUGACAAUCGACAGAACUCUUCCUUUCUGGAACGAUGUCGUUAUACCCAAACUCAGAGCUAAGACGAGGAUCUUGAUUGUCGCUCAUGGUAACAGUUUGAGAGGAAUUGUGAAGCACUUGGAGAAGAUAAGUGAUCAAGACAUAACAACCUACAAUUUGCCUACUGGAAUACCGUUCAAGUAUAGCUUAGAUCCGAACAUGAGGCCAAUUGCUCCUCUGGAGUAUUUAGGAGAUCCUGACGUUGUCCAAGCUGCCAUUGAUAAGGUUGCUAAUCAGACAAAAAAGAAGUGAUAGGUUACUCAUUAGAUGACAUUUUUCAUUCAUCAAAUUGUUGUGAUGAAGACAUUCAUUUGCAGAUAAAUAUUGUGAAUUGUGAUAUUAUCAUUGGAAAGAAUUACAGUGAUUGAAUUUA